CAGGUCCAGGGCCUCUCGGGUGACGAACGCGAGCUGCUGAAGGCACAACUCCUCGCGCUCGAGUUCUACAUCGCCCGCACCAACGCCCCACACACGCAGCCGCUCGCCACGACCACUUCCAUCUCCGACAACCGGCCCUCCUCGCCACCGGCCGCGGACCUGGCCUCGGGCGCCUCCGCCGACCGUCACUGGCAUCAUCUUCCCGACAUUCGUGACCACCACUUGGGCGUCAGCGUAACGUCGCAGCACAAGAAGCGGGCCAAGCGGACCUUCAACCGGGCGUGCGUGCACUGCGGCACCCAGUUUACGAGCCAGUGGCGCAAGGGACCCGCCGGCGCUUCCACGCUGUGCAAUGCGUGCGGCAUCCGCUAUGCCCGGCGCCUUAAGAAGGACGCCAAGGCCGCUGCCAGCUCAGCGCCCAAGCCGUGCGAUGACGCCGGCAAGCGCUCCUCGGUCUACUCCCUCCUCAAUUGA